UUAACAAGUGAAGAGGAAAACAACAGUACAUGAAUGAGGAAUAAAAGUGUACCAACUAAUGUCUACACAACAUACAGAUGGAGUACGUUAAGAUGGAGAUUGCAUUUGUUAAAGAGGAGUGUAAAGACAUGAGUGAUCCUGAACCAUGUAGAAUGACAAAUGAAGAUACUGAGGAACUAAGAGACCUGGUAGAAGUGGAAGAAGAAAGUCAAAAAUUGAAUAAAGUGGAUGAGAAAACUCAGUAUCAGAAACCAGAUGACUUCAUAACUGAAGAAAAAAAUUUCAGUUGCUCAAAGAUUGAGAAGAAUUUCUUACAAAGAAGAGCACAAAAAACAAAAGCUAAGAAAUACAUAACCUGCCCUCAGUGUGGAAAGAGUUUCACAAAAAAAGAUACUCUGAACAAUCACAUGCAAAUUCACUCUGGAGAGAAGCCUUUCACAUGCCUCCAAUGUGGAAAGAGUUUUACACGUAAAGAAAGCCUUAAUAUUCACAUGAGAAUUCACACCGGGUAGACCUUGACAUGCCUUCAGUGUGGAAAUUAAAAAGCUGGGAAUGUUUUACACAAAAAGGACACCUUACCAGUCACAUGAUAAUUCACACUGGAGAAAGCCCUUUCACAUGUCUUCAGUGUGGUAAGAGUUUUACACGUAAUGAGCACCUUCAGAGGCACGCAAGAAUUCACACAGGAGAUAAGCCAUUCACAUGCUAUCUGUGUGGGAAUAGUUUAGCUCGUGAAGAACAGCUUAAGAAUCACAUGAGGAUUCACACUGGAGAGAAGCCUUUCAUGUGUUAUCAGUGUGGAAAUAGUUUUACACAGGCAAACAAUCUCCAAAUUCACCAGCGCUCUCACUCAGGAGUAAAGCCACCUAACUGUGAUCGGUGUGGUAAAAAAUGUAUCUUGCCAUCAGUUAGCGGGUCAAACACAAUGAGAAUUAAUGCAGAUGAGAUGCCUGCCUUGUGUUCUUCUUGUAGAAAGAGUUUUUCACAGCCGAGCUGUUUUAAAGAUCACAACAAACUACAAACAAAUGUAAAUUUGUAUAUGUGCUUUGAAUGUAGAAAAACCUUUAAUAGAGCCAUCUGCUUGAGACAACACCAAAGAAUCCAUACUGGAGAAAAACCUUACAAGUGUUCACAUUGCAAAAAAAGUUUUGCUCACUCAGGAACCCUGAAAGCACAUGAAAAAGUGCAUAUGGCAUAAGCCAUACACUGCUUUAUAUGUGAGAUGAGUUUCAGCUCAUGAAGUUCUCUAAAGAAACAAAUGAUUCAUCACAGUAAGAAACUGAGAAAAGUGUAUCUUCUGGUUCAUUUAAACAAAUAGUGAGAAAUUCAGAUAAACCCCAACAUUACAUUUCAGCUAAGAGGGUAAUGUUAAAAUUCACUUUAAGAUAAGCUGAAUCGCUGUCUCUUCCAUUUCAUGUCAUGAAGUUGAAUUGUUCAAGAACUGUGCUUUCAAGAAUAUCAUAAUUAUUUUAACCAGUUUUUCCAGUUAAAUGCUUCUGUCUGUUUCUUUGAUAAUUGUGAUUGUUUUAUUUGAGUGCAUUAAUCUGUUUUAUUAACAAGUCUGAUUUUCCUCCUAAAUUAAAAUAAAAGCUGCAUGUAAAAUACA